CAGUCAGUUUAUUAGUGAAUAGUUUUAAGAAUGUGUUUAAAAUUAGUUGUUAUUGUUGUAACUUUAUUAGCAUGUUCUGUGACUUUUACGCUUAGUGCACGAAUAUUGUUUAUGUUACCAGCACCAUCAUUAAGUCAUCACAUAUUUUAUAGACAAAUCAUUAAAGAAAUAUUAUUAAGAGGUCAUGAAGUUGUAUCAAUUACACCUGAUCCUAUCAACGAUCCAAACUUAAGAAACUUGACAGAAAUUGACAUUCAUAAAGAGACAUAUGAAGUUAUAGAUGGUCAAAAAUGGUUAGAAGAAGCACAAUAUCAACCAUCAACGGAAGUAAAUCGAAUGCGAUUAUAUUUACCUCUUUUAAGGGAAACAGCAGAUCAAGUAUUAAGUGCACCCAAAGUAAAAGAAUUAAUUCAGAGUCAAAAUGAACAUUUUGAUUUAGUUAUUGUUGAAAUGAUAAUGAUGAGCGCGCAUUUCUUUGGGUUUAGGGAGCGAUUCAAUUGUCCUGCCAUAGGUCUUGCAUCGAUGGAAACUUCUCUUAAUGGUAUGGAUGCAAUUGGUAAUUCACCUCAUCCAAACUAUUAUGGAAGCUUCUUUACGGAGUAUUCUGGUGGAAAUUUAAGCUUUUGGGAACGUUUACUUUUACUUUGGCAUCAUAUUGACUUUAGACUUUAUUAUCAUUUUCAAUAUUUGCCGAUUUCAAAUGAAAUGCUUGUAAAACAUUUUAAUAUUACGACUAAAACGGCCUGGGAUUUGGAAAAAUCCGUCGAUUUAAUUUUGACAAACACAAAUCCAAUAUUUCAUGUUCCUAAACCGAAAGUUCCAAAUUUAAUAGAUAUUGGAGGAUUACAUCAGCGUGAAAAAAAACCUCUUCCAAAAGAACUAAAACAGUUUUUGGAUAGUUCAAAACAAGGUGUUAUUUACUUUAGUUUGGGCUCUAAUGUCAAAAGUGGAAAUUUACCUUCUGAAAAGAGAGCAGCUAUACUUGAAGCUUUCAAGAAACUACCAUACAAUAUUUUAUGGAAAUGGGAGAAAGAAACUUUAACUGAUAAACCAGUAAAUGUCUUAACUCAAAGCUGGUUACCACAACAAGAUGUCUUAGAUCAUCCUAAUUUAAAAGCGUUCGUCACACAAGGAGGCAUACAAUCAUUGGAAGAAGCAAUACGAAGUACAGUACCAAUGAUUUGUAUACCGUUUGGUGGUGAUCAGAAUUUUAAUGCACGCCGGAUUUCUGACUUGGGAAUUGGUCGACGUUUACUUUUUGAGGAUAUAACAACAGACACACUAAAGGAUGCUAUAAGUGAGGUAGCCGGUAAUCCGAACUUCAAAACGAACAUUACACAAUUAGCAAGAGUUAUGUACGAUCAACCCACAAAACCAUUAAAUCGUGCUAUAUGGUGGAUUGAAUAUGUUAUUCGACAUGGUGGGGCCAGACAUUUACGAUGUCCGGCGGCUGAUUUACCUUGGUACAAAUAUUUAUUGCUUGAUAUUAUCGGAUUUAUUUUAGGGAUAAUGAUUUUCAGUUUGGUUGUAAUUGUUUGUCUAAUUAAAGUAAUAUCUGGAUUAUUAAUUUCUAAGAAACCUAAAGAUAAACGAGAAUAAAUAAUAGGAGAUGAUACUUCGAAAGUAUCCGUUAUAAUAUCAUUUGUAUCACGACUUUUUUCCGCGUGUAUUUAGUUUGUUGUUGGCGACGAAUAAAUGAGCCAUAACCUAGGGUAUUUUACAUAAAAUAAACGGAUGGAUUUUAUUACUUGAAUAAAAGUUUUUUUCUUGAUAUUUUCAUUUUCAAAUAAUUAUUUUUCCAAAAGUAAGAUUAACUGCACAACAUAAAUAUUGGCUUAUGUGGAUGAAAAAACUGUAUAUAUUAAAUAAAUUAUGUUUUGAAACUCAGUUGAUAAAACAAACAAAGCCAAGAAAUACCUCUUUGUUUCUUUCUGUACAAGAUAUUCAAACAUUUCGCAUUGUUUGAAAUCUUCAAUUUUUACAACUGUGCAA